CGAAAAAAAAAGAAGAAAAAAAAAAGGAGAAAACAGAAAAAAAAAACUUGAUUUUUCUCCCUUCUGCAGAUCCACCAUAGCCACCAUCACCUCCGUUCUUUCACCUCGAAUCUUCACCAUCCCCUUGCUGAUCUGGUUUUGUAUUUUUGUUUUGUGUGGGUUUUUUUGGUUUGUUUGUUUAUAUGCUUUGUUUGUUUGCUGUUUCUUGCUCUGUUCGGUGCAGAUCCGGCGGCCUUCUUUCUCCUCCGGCGGAUCUGUGGCGGCGCGUGAGAGGGCUGCCAGAUCUGACGCCCACCGCGGCUCUGCUGGUUCCGACGGACUGCCGCCGAUUUCUGCUGCCACCCCCCAGCCAAAACGACGUUGUUUUGGCUGGGGAUUCUUUUUUUUUUUUCCUUCUUGCACAAUGUACCGGUCAAAUUCCGGUGUACCGACCGGUAUCCGAAAUUUCGACCGGUACCCGAAAUUUCGACCGAUACACCGGAAUUUGACCGGUACACCCGAAAUUUGACUGAAACGAAAUCUUAACUUAUUCCGUUUUGGUUAACCUCCAAAACCAGUACAUACCGGCCGUACCGGUCGGUACGGUACGGUACUGACUACAUUGGUUCUGAUGGCAUCAACGACUUUAUUGUAUUCCUAUUAUUCUGUCUAUGCAAUGACCAUCGUCAAGACUAUCAUGCUUAAUAUAAUUAAUAAAAAAGU